AUGGCUCCUGUUUGCGUCGGCACAGUACAAGCCGAACCGGUUUUCCUCAACCUCGACGGUUCCAUCAACAAGACCAUAGACAUUAUCCGGCAGGCCGCCACAAAAGGCGUGAAAGUCUUAGCCUUUCCCGAGGUUUGGGUCGGCGGGUAUCCCUGGCCAAUCUGGGCAAAAAAUGCAUUCGAAUCAUCCGAAUUCUGUGCAAAGUACAUUGCACACUCUCUCCCCAAGGAUUCCACACAUAUGCGUCGCAUCCAAGCCGCCUGUAAGGAGUAUUCGAUAUUCGUGGUCCUAGGCUACAGCGAGAAAGACGACGCAAGUGGAAGCAUCUAUAUCUCGCAGGCUUUCAUUAGCUUUACUGGCGAGAUCCUCCAUAACCGCCGCAAGAUCAAGCCCACGUAUGUUGAGCGUUGUCUGUGGGGUGACGGGCAAGGCGACUCACUCAAGUGCGUGGUCGACUCGCCCUUUGGAAGAAUCGGCGGUCUGAACUGCUGGGAGAACCUGCAGCCCCUGUUGCGGUACUACGAAUAUUCACAGGGUGUCCAGAUCCAUGUCGCGGGAUGGCCGUCUUGCCCAUCGGUUGAGAAGCUUGAAGUUCCCUACCCGUACGGGUGUACUAGCGAGGCUUGCCUACGGAUCAGUCAGAUGGUGGCGCUAGAGGGCCAAACAUUUGUACUAUGCUCCACGGCGAUUCUGAGUAAAGAGAAGCACGAGAUGAUGGGACUUAAGGAUAAGGGAAUCUUCCAUGAGGAUGAUGGUGGUGUGGCCAUGAUCUUUGGCCCUGAUGGCCGGCCAUUGGCCGAGCCUUUACCACGUGGAGAAGAAGGGAUCUUGACAGCUGUAAUCGACUUGGAGAUGAUCCAUGCGGCGAAGAGUCUGUGCGACCCAGUUGGACAUUACUCUCGUCCAGAUCUGCUGAGCCUCAGGGUGAAUUCGGUGAAGGCCGAAGUAGUGCACCACGACUGA